GAGAAUGAGGUCAAGUUAAAUCUGAGGGAUAAUUUUGAAAUGAACAGAGAGCGUGACACGGGCACCGUGUGUUGCCUGAAAGCUUUAUCCUCGGAAGUAACCUCCACCAUGUCAAGGUACCUAUAGGCACUCUGGGGGACUGAGGUUAAGGCAGAUCCACCGACCUCACGUACUACCAAGGGAGCGUCCGGGAAACCCUGAGUCUCCCCAGCAAGCCUGUUGCAACGGACAGCAGACUACUUCUAGACUGAGAAUAAUCUCUCAGACUUGCUCAGAGGGUUGGGUUCCAGUAAAUGGUAAGGUCCCAGCAGCCCAUCAGAGGAAAUGUGCUGUGUCUUCCUGGAAUAUGAAGAGCAUUUCUAGUAAGUCCAUCCUUAAAUGUCCCUCCGCGACUAAGGCCAACACAGACUGCAAUAUAGCCUUCAGUCCUAAACCAAGUCUUCUGUAGGAGCCAGGAACCCUGGAGGGAAUGAUAUAUAUCUAAGGGUGUAUCACAGCCUGCGUGUUCACAGCCUAGCCUGCCAGCAGCCCCCAGAAGAAACUGCGGGAAUUCAGUGUGAACACGAUACAAUCAGCAGGUAACUCUUGAGCGAUGGGUUCUUACGUUUUUGGUAAUUGAAACACCUAAAGAUAUCUUUGCCUUAAGGCCUGAGUCUCAGAAAGAUGACUUCGUGUGAGGGUGAGUGAGGGGUUGAAGCUGCCUGCAGAGAGGCAGGUAGCAAGUUCCAAGAGGGGUCCUGGUGGGUGUUUCUGCCCAGGACGGCAGUGGUGAGGAUACAGACAGUGCGUGCCUGCAACGAUGCAACAUUGUGGUGGGAUCACAGCAUCGUGUGGGUGUUGAAUUCUUUAACUUCGGUGCUGAACUAGAGUGAAUGAGGAGUAGAACAUGAAUAGAAAGAACCUCAGUACUUGGCAUCACGGUGACUGAAGGGAAGUCAGCCAGAAUUAAGAUGAAGGAGAUGGUUUGAGUCUGGGGGGAUGGCUGCCAGGUGAAAUUUGGGAUGCCUCAGUUCACAAUGUCAAAAAGGGGGUUAGAGGUCAGUGAGGAACUGACAACUGUAGAUACAGCCUGAGGGAUUCCGUCUGAAUGCGAUGGCGACGUUUGUGGGAACUACUGUGUCCAUCCAGGGAAGCAAGGCUGUGCCUUGGGGGGGCACCUGUACUUGGGUAGUGGGAAGAUGAAAGAAGGUCAAGGAGUGCAGAGGCUAGACACCUACAAAAGCUCCGUGUGGAAACACCUGAAGAGAAGGGCAUCAGAUCCAGGGCAUGAGGGGCAGGGCUGGGCAGUAUCCAGCUUUGCCAUUGAGAAACCGUGGGUGUGUGCAUGUGUGUGUGUGUGCGUGCGCACGUGCAUGCAUGUGUGUGCACGUGUGUACGUAAGUGUGCACAUGUACAGUGGACUAUAAUUACAAGAAAACCGCUCCUCUCUAAUCCCUGCCCCUUUCUCUCCUGUGACCUUCCUCUCCCUCAUCUCCCCUUCCCAGGAACUUCUUUUGUCUCAGUCGUUUAUGCUACUGCCCUUGCUGCUCCCCAUGUCACCAGCUGCUCUUUUUUUAAAGCAAAGUUCUGGAGAGAAUAGUAGUGAAGAGCAGGAGUUUGGCUUUCAGUCCUGGCUUUACCAUUUGCUGCCGUGUAACUAAGGUAGACCAGCUGUCCUCCCGAGUCGCUCAGUCAAUUAGGGGUGAAAACAUGGACCUUGCUGAGAUAUUAAGGCAACAUCAAGUUAUUAUUCCAGUACCUGGCUCACAGUGAGUGGUAAAUAACUUGUCUUUAUUAUAAAUUGCCGCAUACAUUUACCCCUCUAUCUUUCUUGCUUCCUUCAUUCUCUCAUUUCUUUCUUCACUAUCCCUACAACUUCUCCCUUUUCUCCCAGUUUAGGCUCUGAAAAGAAACUCUGGAAUCAGAAAUCUCAGAAAGAGAAAUGUCAUAAUUCCUUUACUUCUUAAUAAUUAGACUUAAAAAUGUGCUAGCUUGACUUUGCUCGGCCACAGCUCACUGUUUUGACAGGCAUCUUGAGCUCAUUAGAGAUAAGAUCACAUUCUGUGAAGUUUAUUUCAUAAGUAUUGUUGAUAGAAUCUGGGAGGAGGUACGAUAAUUGAGUGUUUCACAAGAAUAUUGGCAACUUUCUGACAAAACGUGUGUGGUUUUGAAACUAGAGAAGCAGGAGGGAAAAACUGAACUUAUUCCUCCAUUGAAACCCUGGAGUUUGAGUUGUUUUCCAGUAACAGUAGAGUUCUUCAGAAUAUCAACUGGGGCAGCGGGGAACACCUGUUGCAACAUGUAAGCUGAGCAGAUCUCCGUUAGUUUUACAGUCUAUGCAUAAGGUACCAAAUCAAGAAUAAAAAUCCUUCAUAAAUUAUCUGCUUACAGGAUUUAUUAUGAAUAAUGAUUAAUUAAUUAUUGUUUAUUAAUAAUAUUUUUCAAUCCUAUCAUGGAGCAUAUCAUCCCCAUCAGGAACUGGAUGCUUGAGCGAUUGUAGGAGGUGAGAAACCAAUGGUGCAGUGGAAAGGACCCACGAAUCAGCAGGUGGCAACCCAGUUGCUUCCUAACAGCAAUGGUUUCAGAAAUCAAAUUGGCUGUUUUCUAUCACUGAGAGGUGACAGCUGCUCAGCAAAGAAAUUGUGCAGGAAAUUGGAAUGUCACUCAAGCCAUCAGAUAAAACCUAGCCCUAGAGGGCAGUCUGAUCUUUCCGUAGACAAUUCCAGGGGCUACGUUUCUCACGCCAAUCAAGCGCUUUCUCCCUGUGCUCAAAAUUCCAUGGUCUGGGGUCUCAUUAACUACCAUGACCUAUUCAGGGGCUGAAGUAACGUAUACCUUGGCUCUUCCACUCCAGAGACUCACAGGACCUAGAAUUGUGCUGCUUUUACUGCCAGUGUGAGUGACAGGGCUGCCUGUGUGUGUGUGGUCAUGAAAGCGGAGAUCAGCAUGAAUCCGGGAGCUGGAUGCAAGCGUGAGCCGGUGACAGGGGGUGGUCCUGUCACCCAGCUGCUCACAAAGCCCUUCUGCUUGCUUUAUGUCACGGCCCGCCUCCCUCCUACCACUAUCUCCCAAAAUGGGAAAGCCUAAAAAGGUGGACAAUUCCUUGUCGAUGUGGAUGUAGAGAGAAAUCAAACACUCUGACGGUGAUGGGAGCUGUAGCACGCUUCGCUCUACCUGGAACGUAAUUGUCAUUCGUGAGGUAUUCUUCUCACAUACUUAAUGUCUCUAUCGUCCCCAGGUCUUGGCAAUUGAAGGAGGUAUUUCUCCCCAUUUUACAGAUGCAGAAGUUCGGGAGUAUUAAAUGGUUUAGUUGAGGCCACUGAGUAGGAAGGAGAGCAAAGACACAGAGGCUGCUACUGGGGCUCCUGGUUCUGACCCUUCCGCAUCCCAGCGUCUCCACAGAGGUAAGGAGAAUCAAACAGGCUAUCACCUGGGGAAGGAAGAGUGGAUGCAAGAGGGAGGAAAGUGAUCAAUUCCUCUUCUCAGGUAUUAUUCAUUCCAAUUUUCUCAAUUUGCCACAGGUGCCAGAAAAUGCCGCAACAUGAAAAGUGACAACCAUAGCUUCUUAGGGGACCCCCCUAAAGCCUUCAUCCUUCUGGGUGUGUCUGACAGGCCAUGGCUGGAACUCCCUCUCUUUGUGGUCCUCCUGCUGUCCUAUGUGCUGGCCAUGUUGGGGAACGUCGCCAUCAUCCUGGCAUCCCGGGUGGAUCCUCAACUCCACAGCCCCAUGUACAUCUUCCUCAGUCACCUGUCCUUCCUGGACCUCUGCUACACCACCACGACAGUCCCUCAGAUGCUGGUCAACAUGGGCAGUUCCCAGAAGACCAUCAGCUAUGGAGGCUGCACUGUGCAGUAUGCAGUCUUCCACUGGCUGGGAUGCACGGAGUGCAUCGUCCUGGCCGCCAUGGCCCUGGACCGCUACGUGGCCAUCUGCAAGCCCCUGCACUACGCCAUUCUCAUGCACCGUGCUCUCUGUCAGCAGCUCGUGGCUCUGGCCUGGCUCAGUGGCUUCGGCAACUCCUUCGUGCAGGUGGUCCUGACCGUGCAAUUGCCAUUCUGCGGGCGGCAGGUGCUGAACAACUUUUUCUGUGAGGUGCCGGCCGUGAUCAAGCUGUCAUGUGCUGACACCGCUGUGAAUGACACCAUACUGGCUGUGCUGGUGGCCUUCUUCGUGUUGGUGCCCCUGGCUGUCAUCCUUCUCUCCUAUGGCUUUAUUGCCCGGGCAGUGCUCAGGAUCCAGUCCUCCAAGGGACGACACAAGGCCUUUGGGACGUGUUCCUCCCACCUGAUGAUCGUCUCCCUCUUCUACCUACCUGCCAUUUACAUGUAUCUGCAGCCCCCUUCCAGCUACUCCCAAGAGCAGGGCAAAUUUAUUUCUCUCUUCUAUUCCAUAAUCACCCCCACUCUCAAUCCCUUCAUCUACACCCUGAGAAAUAAAGAUAUGAAGGGGGCUCUGAGGAGACUUCUGGCCAGGAUCUGGAGGCUCUGUGGAUGAUGAGGACAUGAGAUGUAGCAUCUCCAUCAAUUAAAGAACACAGCACAAGUCUAUUGUGCACUCAGAGCAUCUUUCACUUAAGGAGUUAAUACCCAGAGAGCUCAAAAACCCUGUCUUCAAACAUCUCACUUCCUGUUAUAAUGCCCCAAAUCCCAUAGCGGCAAAGUUCAUUUUAAACGUAUAAUUCUAAGAGGCCAUAUAUUUUUAAGCAUUGUUUAAAUAGACUUCAAUAAGUAUGUGUGGAAUUAUUUCACUUCCAAUUUCCUGAUUCUUUUCUCUUUUCCUCUUCCUAUAUUUCUUUUAUUCUCUCCCCAUUUGUCUCUUUUCUAUUACUCCUAAGUAUACACAAGAUGAAGCUGAAAUACAAUCUUAUUUUACUUAUAAUGAAUAAGUGUUUUUCUCCAUAUACUUAAAUCUCCACAAAUUUUACACGACUUUUUCAAACAAUUCCAGGAAUGAAGUAGAUUGCUAUCUUCUUCCUGUGAUUUUGAUUUUUUUUUUCUCUGUAGUUCACAUUUUCUUCUAUAGAAAGUUUUUCCAUGAAAUGUAAACUAGUACAAACACUAGCACAACCACGAUGGGAAACACUGUGGAUCCUUAAAGAACAAAAAGUAGAUCUACCAUUUGGUCCAGCAAUCCCACUGCGGGGCAUCUACCCAGAGGAAAAUAAGUCAUUAUACGAAAAAGAUACUUGCUUAUGCGUGUUUAUAGCAGCACAAUUUGCAACUGGAAAAAUAUGGAACCAUCCGGGCGCAGUGGCUCAUGCCUGUAAUCCCAGCACUUUGGGAGGCCAAGGCGGGUGAAUCACAAGGUCAGGAGUUCAAGACCAGCCUGGCCAAGAUGGUGAAACCCCGUCUCUACUAAAAAUACAAAAACUAGCUGGGCAUGGUGGCACACGCCUGUAAUCCCAGCUACUCAGGAGGCUGAGGCAGAGAAUUGCUUGAACCCGGGAGGUGAAGCUUGCAGUGAGCCGAGAUCGCACCACUGCACUCCAGACUGGGCGACAGAGCAAGACUCCAUCUCAAAAAAAAAGGAAAAGAAAAUGUGAGAUAUAUACCAUGGAAAAAUACUAUUCAGCCAUAAAAAGGAAUGAAAUAAUGGCAUUCUCAGCAACCUGGCCAGUUUUAACAUCCUAAUGCCCAAAGGUUCUCUUUCUCUCUUUCAAGCUCAGCUAUGUGUUUCUGAUUACAUUAUUUAUAUAGGUUAUCAAAGUGUUUGUAGCAGGAAGGCAGUCGGUAAUAGUUCACCAAGAUGCAGAAACCCAAUCUCCAGUUGGUGCUGCUCAGAAGUGCUAACAAGACAGAGUUUGCAACAGAAUGUAAAUCUCAUACUGUUUUCCUUAUAAAAAUAGUCUUCAGGGUUUUUUUUAAAUGUCAGCUCAUCUAAAAGGUAUGUUUAAUAAUGUGAUUGUUUUACAUUCUUAUACAAGCUCCUUAUAUCGACAGUUCAUAGACUACACUUUGAGUAGCAAAGUGUGGCUACUUUGAUGGCUAAUUGUAUAGAGGAAAUAGUAUUUCCAUCCUGAGCAAUUCCAUGCGGUUUAAGAGUUGUCCAUGUGUAGAGAAGCAAUUAGUAAAUAUUUCCUUAUAACUUAAUGCUCUGUGAAGUAUAAUAGAUGAACUGUUCCUCGGAUGGGAUAAAUCCAAAAUAAGCUGUUAUCAACUGAAAGCAAGAUGCAUCUUCUACAUAAUACUUCUAGUUAGGAGUGCAGGCUCUGAUACUCUCAAACCUUUCCGUCCACGAUUUUCAAUCUCCUAUCCUAUCAAAGAUGAAAUUCCACUCAUUACAGUUAUAGUGAGGUAACUUUUUAAAAAUUUUCUACAAUGGAAUCAUUUGCCAAAGUGACUUUUAAAAUGCACCAAACAAUUUAAUUUAUCUUUAGUGGUUUAGAGAAAUAAUUUGAAAAAUUUC